AUGUGCAAACGAAAGCUCAUUAAGCGACUGGCUGCUCCCGCUGUGCAGCGAUUGCGGGGAAGAACAAAAGCUCCGCUCUUCCUGUCCCUGCUACUGCUCCUCGUCCUCGUUUGCCACUGCAGUAGUUCAGCAGCUUCUCAAAAUCUUGACUUCUUCGACGAAGGUUUACAAGUAGACGAGGGACAAGAUAUUUCAAUCGCGGAAGCAGCAGCAGCUACUCCGCCCGUAGGAGAUGCGGGCGAUGGUGAAGGCCCGGUGUGGCAAAUGUUGAAUAAGGGCCUGGGGCCUGUGAAUAUGGAAUGGAUUCGUGCUGCGGGGAAGAAGGUUGGAUGGCACGCUCUCGGAUCUGCUGCGGCGGUGGUGUUGCUGGCAGUUUUUGUUACCGCAAGGAUGUUUGGUGCUGCUGGUCGAAGGGAACAGGUGGGAGGAAAGCAGAACCCGCAAGAUGAAGAGGAAUAUGAAGACGAAGGAGAAGAAGAAGAAGUUGAUGGGGAGGGUGGUGCUGCUCAGUUGGCGCUGUUGCGGCGACUGCAACGCUGCGUUACCCCUGCAGCUUCUCUAGUUGCCACUCUGAAGGCACCGAUAUAUGAUGUUCAUCUGAAUGAUAUGAAGAGGAAUAUAGAGAAUGCGGUGGAGUACCAGUCUGCUGCAGAGGUCGGGGAACCUGGAGCGGUCGCUGCGCUUGCGGCUGCAAACCAACAAGCAGCACAUCUGGCUCGGCUACUUCAGGAUGCGGCAAUGUCUUCUGUAUCCACUAAUGCAUGGAGCGUGACUUCAUGCAACGAUGCAGAAGUUUCAGCUGGAGCAGCUGUUGCCCGAAGUAUGUUUAAAAGAUCAGGGGUCUCAUCAUCAUACAAGGAAGCAUGGGACCUAGCUGUGGGCGUCUGCGACACUAUAAUUCGCACCCUGCGGGAGGAGGCAAGGACAUUAAAAGAGCGACUGCCCAGCUUGCCUUCGCUGGAGCAGAAGCAGCAGCUGCUGCAGCCCAGGCGAAUUUAUGCUGAGCGGGUUGCAGUGGAAGCCGCUCGUUCUCUCCAGGAACGGCAAACAGCUGCCACACAAGCAGCGAAACAGCUGAGGAAAAUUUAUCUGAAACUGGUGAAGAGCACAUUAGUGGUGGAGACAGAGCUUCAAGCAGCCAAGCUAGCACUUCAAGGACGAAUUGCUUCCUCGAUGCUUGAGGCUGCACUCUCCAAGGUGGCAGGAAGGAGACAACCAGGAUCAGAUGAGCAAGACCUCAUGGACGAGUGCGGAUCGCAGUAUAGGGAUGCGGAAAAGCACCUUAGGUCGAUGCAGGAACAACUUGAGGUGUUGAAGGACAAGACAGACUUGCUGGAUAUAACGAGGGCAGCGAGCGUUGCAGCGAGGGCAUCAAACAAUGCAGCAACCCUUCUUCAGGGCGUUCUCAGGAAGCAGUCAAAGUUCUUGUCCAGCCGAACGUCCCUUGGUGCCGAAGAACUUCCGAAUGGAGAGCCAGGCGUGGAUGACCUGGUGUCUGGCGUGAAGCAGAUUAUGGACUUGCAAACUGCGAUGAAACCCAUUGUUGAAGCAGUAACAGCAACCGAAAAGCAAGUGUUGGAAGUGGGUCAACAGGUAGAGAUGCAGCUAUCCGGGCUAAAGGACCUCCCGUGGGUGCCUCAAUUGUUGCUAGAAAAUUCUAAAAAGCUACUAAAGUCUGCUCUCGUGAGUGCGAAGGUGACAAGGGAGGCUGUUCAGCGGCGUGUGGUCGACAUGAGCGAGUCCGCGCCUAGAGGCAUAGUGGAAUUGUUAGAUGCAAUAGCAGCGGACACAUCAGCACUCAAGGAUCAGUGCAAGGCUCUAUGGCAGCUGAAUGCGGAAGUGGAAAUGCUGGUGUUGCUGAAGGGAAUGGUAGCAAAUGCUGAAAAGCACAAAGAAGCUGCAUUAGGAAUGAUAGCAGGUUCCAAGUUCCUGCAACCUGCCCACAAGCAACGGGCAGGCGAACUCAAGAAACAGCUGGAGCAUGCAGUAACAACAGCAAGACGAGCAGAUAGGCUUUCUGCUUUUGUGGAAGCAGUAGGCCAGUGUGCUUCUGCUAGCGAGGGGCUGCUGCAACUGGCUCUGAAGUCGAAAUUAGAUGUUCUGCUCAAAAACGACACAGCAGCAGCAGCGGAGGUGUAG